CCAAGCAGCAGGAGUGGAUUAUAGGAUGCUGGACACGUGCGAUGGAUUCUAGUUUUUUUAUAUUAUCAACAUUACGGAAAGGAUGACCUCCGACAAUUGUGAUUCUCUCGAGGCUCAGCAGAACAUCGGAGAAAUGUUGAAUUCCAACGUCUCCAAACAUUUACGCGAAGGCAAUGGCACCAACAGUGGCUCUUGUAGCUCGGUGUCCGUUGGAUAUCCAAUUACUAUGAUGCUCACGGGCAUGGUGGGCAACUCUCUAGCUCUUAUCCUGGUGUAUUUCUCUUACAAAAAGAAGGAAAAUAUAAGGAAAAGGUCGUUUUUGCUUUGUAUUGGCUCGUUGGCGCUGACCGAUCUCUUUGGGCAGCUUCUGACCAGUCCGAUCGUCAUAUCAGUUUACCAGGCGGGCCUCAAGUGGGAGAGCAUCGACCCGUCUGGCAACUUGUGCGCGUUUUUCGGUGUGUGCAUGACCACUUUCGGUCUCUGUUCUCUUUUUAUGGCCAGCGUAAUGGCCAUUGAGAGGGCCCUGGCGAUCACCAAUCCACACUGGUACUCCAACCACAUGAAGACAAGUGUCACCAAACAGACCCUGGUGAUCAUCUGGUGUCUGGUCUUGGUCUUCGCUCUGCUGCCCAUCGUAGGGGUCGGCAAAUACACUUUGCAGUGGCCAGGAACUUGGUGCUUCAUAAGCACGGGGGACAGGGAUGUUCCCGGUAACAUGUUUUUCUCCAUUACUUUCGCGCUACUAGGGAUCUUCUCUCUGCUUGUGACUUUCUCCUGCAAUGUGGCCACCAUCCGGGGGCUGGUCAUACGCUGCAGGAACAAGUCUGGCACGGCCCAGUCCUCCAAGCAGUGGGAACGACUCACCACGGAGACCGUCAUCCAACUGUUGGGGAUUAUGUGCGUCCUGCUAAUUUGCUGGUCUCCCUUGCUGGUGCUAAUGCUGCGGAUGAUCUCAACCCAGACCUCAUCCCAUCACUGCAAGCAAGACUCCUCCUCCUCCUCCUCCUCCUCCUCUUCCUCUUCCUCUUCCUCCUCCUCCUCCUCCUCCUCUGUGUUCUCAUCCACCUCCUCCUUAGCCCCGGGUCGAGACCUGGAUUGCAACUUCUUCCUCAUGGCCAUCCGCCUGGCCUCGCUCAACCAGAUCCUAGACCCCUGGGUGUACCUGCUGCUCCGGGAGAUCAUGCUGCGCAAGUUCUGCAUGGUGGCCAACGCCAUGUCUAACUGCUCCGUCGAGAGACACAACGAGAACCAGGUGGCCCUGACCGCCCUCCACAAGGAGGUCUCGCCGGAGGCGGACCACCUCCAGAAGCAGCAGACGGAGUAGACGGCCUGCUUCGGUUUAUUGUUUACAUUAAAGGUGGAUUUAAUGAUUCGUUUCCGUGACCCAGUUCGCGUGAUUCAGUUCGCCACGAGGAGUCGUUCGCGAAUCGUUCGUUCGUUCGUUCGUUCAGUCGAGUUUCCGGUAGCACUAACUCCACUGAGUCUGCAUCAUGGAAUGCACGCCAUUGCACGUUUCUCAUCUGAGUCAGUCAGACUCAGUGGAGUUAGUGCUACCGGAAAUUCAUUCGUUCGUUCAGUCGAGUUUCCGGUGAAUCGAAUGGUGAACGAGACGACCGAACGAACGAGAGAGACGAACCGGUUUGGUUAGUUCGUUCUAAAGACUCGUUCAUUCGAACCGGUUCGCGAACGAACGAGCCAACACUAGUUUACAUAGAAGCAGACAAGACGGGACGGGAUCCGGGGUUGUGGCGCGGAUCGGAUCGGAUCGGAUUUCCUGCACAUUGACAGAUUCAUUAGAUAUUCCGAAACGGAUUGUUUCUUUUUUCUGCACGACGGGAGACUGGAUUUGAACUUUGAUUUUGUAGACUGUACACAGGAGGGUGCUUAAGGUGUCUAAGGAGUCAAGAAGCUGUGCGGCAGUACUGUACAUGUUCACCAGCUGAGUCCUCUCAAUGUGCACUCGUAUUUGUUUGCUUGAAAAAAACAACAACGCACAUUCCAUUCCAAAGUCACCUAACCAGCAUGUGGUCACGGCACCUUGCAGACUUGUUGCAAAGUUUUGAUUGUAGUUUGAAAGGAAAUGUUUUUUGGGUGUUUAUCUUUGUUUUGACUGUGUCUUUGGACUGCAGACUCACCAAACAUGGUUGCUUAUGAUAUUGUUGCUGAUGUGGUUGUGCUUAGAAAACCUCUGUGGCCUAUUAGUUUAAAUAAACAUGAUCCAUCAGGAACAAGGAUGGUGAAUCAAUUCCAAGCAAAACUAUAAUCGAAUGGUGCAGUGUUCUCAGAACCUUUUAUAGUGCCUGCUGAACUGUGGCUGCUUCUAACAACGUUAAGCUAUUACUGUACAUUCACAGGGGCUUGACGGAGAAUGUUGAAAAGAGGAUUUCAAUACAAGCUGUAUUGUUUAUUUUUAUUUUUUUCACCUACCUAUAAGUACUAGCUUUAAAGCGCUUGAUAAAACUAUAUUUAUCGUAUUGCGCAUGUACAGGAUUGUUCCAAUGGUGAAACGCAAGGGACAAUUAUGUUUGAUUAGUAAUGUUGUUAAUUUUAACAUUGUAAAUAUUUGUCAAGCAAAAAAUUAUUUAUUUAUAUGUUGGGGUAAUUGCACAUUUUCUUGUUCAUUUGUGGUGAAUGCCGUCUAUAAAUGUUAAAAUAUGUAUCCCGCCGGGUUGAUUGCAAACAAGGCCAUUGAAAUGUGAAUGUCGUACCGUCUAUCCAAUUCCUUUCGAUUUCUGCAAGGCAUGGAGCUUACUUAGUUUUUCUCCAUCUAAGAUUCUCGCAUAUAUUUGAGACAUGCCAACUCUUAAAUGCCAAUACAAGAUGUCAAAGCUUACAAGAGGAUCAGUUUGGAUGCAGAGACAGUGAAGUAGCCCCUCCGAGCCAAACGGUACUGGGGAAGAUCUCGAGAGACGUCGUUUAGAGGACGCUAACUACUCCUGGGUGACAGUUAAUGAGGACUGAUUGGGUGAACACCGGUGUCUCCUUAAAACAUUUGUACUUCAUCUGUGUAUCAUAACUGUCAGAUUGCAAAGUUACAUUUUGUACCCAUAGUAAAUCAAUGUUUGUGCCAUUCUACGUUAGAAGACAAAUGUCCUUCGACAUCUUCUUCUGCAGCAGUAGGAUACUGUUUGCAUAGGAUAGCAAGGAAUUCUCUAUGAUCUUCUCACAUUGGCCGAUAGUAUUAUGUGUCGGGUACACCAGACUAAUCUUGUUGGGAUCAUACCAAAAUGUGAGCUUAAAGCUGAUUGGUCAGAAUGCUGUGUGGGAGGUGGCCACCUGAAAGCAGUAUAGGCCUCUCUUGAGUUUUUGUUGAUGUUAAUGAUUAGUAUUUAUGUCAGGGAUUACAGUGAAAGAAGAUCUAAUAUGUACAUUUAAGUUAUUGACAAACUGCACCAAUGCCUCAUGGAGACAUUUCCAUGCAACAUGGCUGUUGAAUGGAAAGUGAAGACAUUAAAAAAAUGAUCACAACACAAAAGGCUAAGUGUAAUUCAGGGUUUGUUUUGUUUGUGUGUUUUCUAUGUUUUCUUGUUUGCACAGAAAUUUGCUUGUGGGUUACCUUGUUUCUUAUCGCAAAAAUGAAUUGUUGCCCGUUUUUAGCAAGUUGCUUGGGUAAAAUAUCUCAUUGGAUGUAUUUAAUUAGUAUUCAAAUCUGCUUUUGAAAACCUUAUUGUUUUUCUCCAGCGUUUAAGGAUGUUUUCAUUAUUGUUUUCAAUGUCUUUAUUUUGAGGAAAGUUUUUCUCAGUUCAAGUUUUUCGUCAUAUCAAUUAGACCCUGCUUAAUAAUUACUUGACUGUGGAUUUUCUUCCUUUGUGUUUGGAAAAAACACAGAGGCCCCAAACAAGGCCACAGAACAGGUGAGGUCGGAUUUUCUUACGGUAUUCAAAUACAUUCCUCUUGGUUCCAGUGAACACCACCUGAAAGCCAUAACACUGUGAAUAAUGCUUUAUGAUUCUCAGAAAGCUUUCUCUGCCAGCUGGCUCCAUUCUCCUCAGAUCAGUCCGGCAUGCAGUUUGAUCUUCUGAUUCCAUCCAUGUGCUGAUAGACAGGCUGCCUUUAUAGAGGCCUGUAUUGGCUCGAGGUUGGAUAAACUCCUUCCAAGAACUCCCUACAGCGUCGGUUUCCCCCAACCCAGCUGCAUCUCAGUUAACCCUCAGAUGGGCUGAAGUGUUGCAGGAGUCAGACUCCCAGCCGAAAGAUACUGGGUCCGAUCCCCCAUGUCCGCAGUCAACCUGAGCAAGAUGCCUAGUCCGUGACGAAUUCACUGUAAAUCGCUUUGGAUAAAAGCUGAAUGACUAAAUAAUAGUACCAUCCUUUUUGCAACCACUCAGUUAUGACGUCUCUAACCUACCUGGUCACCACCGCUUACAAACACAACUCAGUUAUAAAGUCAGUUGGAUUUGACCAUCAUCAGAACAAGGGGAGGAAGAAGAUGAGGAAGAAGAGCCCCCCACCCCCGUUCUCCCCUCUCUCUGAUUGGCCAGAUGGAGGGGUUGUCGGUCUGGUGCUUCCAUCUCCUCAAGGCUGGACCGCUAUAGAACACACUCAAUAUGUCUCAUCUCACAGGGUGGCUGAUGAAGGCACCUUGCAUCUAUAAUGCUUUGGAAUCUAUAAUGUUGGGAAAGCAGUAACAUAUCAUGUAUAAUACGUCUUUUAUUUCCUUUGGUUGGCUGUUCAUUUCGGGGACGUUGAUGAAAACAAUCUCUCUCCCGCCCCGUUGGGAUGGUAGCGGAGAACUGCUAACUCAACAAACUGACCCCUACACUCUCCUGGUGAGCCUGGCGACCGACCCCCUCCUGAAUAAUCAAUCAAACGUCGACGUCGACACAAACAAGCCGGAAGAAGCCAUUACUUGUUGUUUUACUGUGAGACAUGGAAUUUAUCUUGCAGCACUGCGACAACUUUAACUCCACUGUUUACCAGAUGAGGCAGAGCAGCUUAUUAUGAAGUAUCCUUUAUAAAUAUGGAAAGGACAUGUUCUAUUUAUUUAUGAAGGUCUCCAUUUAGAGCUUAAAUAUUUGCCCCGCGUCUUGGGUGGUUAAAGAUAUUAAUGUGUCUCGAUAAAUAAAUAAAAAUUCAGAUUUAUAACUAAACUAAAAUGGUGUUCUAUUCUAUUAAAUACAGUGAACCCUAACGCCAUGCAAGACAAUAGACACACAAGGUCUGAAGGUUUUUCAAACAUGUCAGACGUUCAGACACUUCACCACGCCAUUUGUUUACUUCCUUAACAACUUUUAGGAAAUUGUGGGUGCAUUGUCUGUGUAGCAUGCCUACAUUUUCAGCAUUCCUUCUGUUUCAACUCAAAUAUUGACCAUACCACUAUUCAAUUGCCCAUUAAAAGUGCAAUUAAAUGUGUGCUAAACAUACAAAAACAAAAUGUUUUCUCUGCUUGCACAGAACCUUGAGUGAGGGAGUGAGAGAGUGAGUGAGUGAGUGAGUGAGUGAGUGAGUGAGUGAGUGACUGAGCAUGUAAAUAAUAAUUUUCUCAUACUCAUCAUCCACAGGUGGGUGCAUUAUUCACUUCAUUUGCCUAGUCAGCCUGGCCUAACCUUUCAUACCGAAUUUGUUUGGCAUCUGCAUCAACUUUAGCUGUUAUGUGUGGUGAGUGUAUAGAGGUGAAUGCAUUAAAGGCCUAAAAGUG